UUCCCCGUCUCUUUACCCAACCCUAAAUCCCCGAACACGCGCGGAGUCGCUCCAUUUCAAAACCCUCGAGAGCGAGGUGCGUUUACGAACCACUUCACAGUAGAAGAAGGGGAAAACGCAAUGCCGAGCUUUCCCCAACGCGGAGAGGUCACCAUUUGCGAAAUCAAUCGCGUUCUCGUUACUGCGGAAACCCUCACUGAUGAUCGAGCCAAAGACGCAUAUGGAGAAGCUCUCGGAAUGGUUUUCAGUCCAAUUCCUUUCCAGCCAGAUCUCCUUCCUCCCAAUCGAGAGCAAAUUGCAGAGCAGGAGCCGAUGGAGAGCGCUCCUGUAAGGAGUUUAAGUGGUUUGAAAUCGGCAAUUGCUGAAUCCUUGAAGCAAAUAUUCUUUCCUCAUGAUAAAUUGACUGUGUUAAGAGAAAUUGGUACUCAAGGAGUAUCUUGGAACCGACACAAACAUUGCUUGGCAUUUAUUUCUGGACCAAGUCAAGUCACCAUACAUGAUUAUGAAGAUUCAGAUGGUAAAGAUCCAUGCAUUUUAACGAGCGAAUGCCAAAGAGAUGUUAAAGCAAUUGAAUGGAGGCCAAAUAGUGGCAAGAUGCUUGCAGUUGGUUGCAAGGGUGGUAUUUGUAUUUGGUCUGCAUCGUACCCAGGCAAUGCUGCGUCAGUGAGAACUGGAAUUGCCUCAUCUCUUGGUACUGUUGCUAGAGGCUCUGGAGUUCGAUGGAUCCUGGUGGAUAUUCUUCGAAGUCCUCAUGAUGAACUAGUUAGUGCACUUUCCUGGAAUCCCGAUGGACGAUUUUUGGCAUCUGCCUCAUGCGACAGCUCAUCAUUCACAGUAUGGGAUGUUGCUCAAGGGUUGGGAACUCCCAUUCGACGUGGAUUAGGCACUAUAUCAAUGCUAAAGUGGUCACCUAUGGGUGACUAUUUUCUAACUGCAAAAUUUGAUGGAACUUUUUAUCUAUGGGAGACAAACACAUGGACUUCAGAACCUUGGUCUUCAUCUGGUGGAUAUGUUACUGGAGCAGCAUGGGAUCCAGAAGGGCGUAUCAUAGUGAUAUCUUUUUCCGAGUCAACUACACUAGGUUCACUUCACUUCUCAUCAAGGCCACCUUCCUUAGAUGCACACCUCCUACCAGUUGAAUUGCCAGAAGUUUCCUCAUUGACUGGAAGCCAAGGCAUUGAGAAAAUAGCCUGGGAUGCUUCAGGAGAGCGUCUGGCUUUGUCGUACAAAGAUGGCCAUGAAAUGUACGGUGGUCUCAUUGCAGUAUAUGACAUCAAGAGGGCGCCACUUAUCUCAGCGUCACUAGUUGGGUUCAUUAGAGGGCUUGGACAAAACCCCAAGCCGCUUGCAUUUGCCUUCCACAACAAAUUCAAACAAGGACCAUUGCUAUCCGUGUGUUGGAGCAGUGGGUGGUGUUGUACGUAUCCUCUCAUCUUUCGUCCUCAGUUACUCAAAUGAGGUGUAGGUGAUUUGAAGGCAUGUUGACGAUCAUCCCCUUAUCGGAGCUUGCACAGUAUUUGCGGUGACUUUAUUCACAGCUUUGAAUCAUAUAUAUAUAUAUACUAGGAGAGGCUAAGAAAGGAGCAGGGAAUAGCUGUUGCUAUGCAGAAAAUUUUAAAAUUUAGUGCAAAGAUUAUUUGUGGUUAGUAUGCUUGAUGUAUGAUGUAUCUUGUUAAACGUUGGAGAGCUAAUAUGUGAGCGACGUUUGUUUAUUGCAUCGCUUUAACGUGCUUCAGAUCGAGCAGCAGUUUUAGGGUGGGGGGAGGGAUCUUCCACCUUCCCUCGAUUUUAGGAUGGUUUUUUUUUUUUUUUUGUUGUGUUUUUGGCUUUCAUUUAUCGGCUUAUUCGGAGCUGAUCAGGGCUAGAUGUAGCUUAUGAAAAGAACUCAAAUUCAAAAAACACGGGCCUCAUUUGGUAUCA